AUGGAUUGUAGAUUCCCGUAUUUAGAAGGAUGUUUUGAAGAAAUUAUGGAUCGACUAGAUGCUCUAGGCAUAGAUGCUAAUAGGAACCAGAUUGAUGACGGACCACGCUCUAGAGAAGAUGUCGCUCGUGGGAAAACCGUCAACGGACCCGCUCCCGAUGUUCAUGGAUGUCGACAACAAUUCUAUGAUAAUGACUCGGAUGAAGAUGAAUAUUUUGAGGAACCUAUGCUAAGGCGUGUUGAUCGUGGGAGGCAUAAUUAUAGAGAUAGGGAAAACAAUGGUUUCGGGUUGAAGGUGGAUAUCCCUUAUUUUAAUGGAAAUCUCAAUAAAUGCCAUCGGGGCAUGAAGACCGUGUAUGAAUACGAGUCCGACUUCAUGAGGCUAGCCGAAACGAAUGAAUUGAGGGAGAUCGAAGGGCAACAAGUUGCUAGGGGUCCAAGUAAUGAGGACUUUAUCCGAGGCUUGAAAUAUGGCUCUAAAGGCCAAACUAAUAUUGCAAGAAAAGGGAAGUUAGAUUACUCUCGUAGAAGUUAUAGUGGGGAUAAUUAUAAAGCUUCUAGUGAUAAGAACAAGGCUAUACAGAUUUCCCCAACACACCAUGAAAGACGUAUGGAAGAGAAAGCCACGGGAUAA